GAUCAUCAAUAACAUCUUUAUCACUCUCUCUUUCUCUCUCUCUCUCUCACUCUUCCUUUCUCUCUUCAAAAUGGUGAAGCAGGUAAGACGAUACGCUCUGUUUCAGGCCACGCCAGAUUCCAAGUUCGUGAAGGAGAUGUACGGAGGCUACUUCAACGUAUUCGUGUCGGCUUUCGGAGACGAAGGAGAGCAAUGGGAUCUUUUCCGUGUGAUCGAUGGCGAGUUUCCCCGCGACGACGAUCUUGACAAGUACGACGGAUUCGUCCUUAGCGGGAGUUUACAUGACGCUUUCGCACAAGAGGAUUGGAUCAUCGAGCUUUGCUCUGUUUGCAAAAAAAUUGAUGCGAUGAAGAAGAAAAUUCUUGGCAUUUGCUUUGGCCACCAGAUAAUAUGUAGAGUGAGAGGUGGAAAAGUGGGAAGGGCUCUAAGAGGACCAGACAUGGGGCUUCGUAAGAUAAACAUCGUUCAAGAUAUGAUGGAACCUGGUGGUUACUUUGGUGAAGAAGUUCCCGAGUCUUUGUUGAUCAUAGAAUGUCACCGGGACGAAGUACUUGAGCCUCCCGAGUCGGCCAAAGUCAUUGGAUACUCGGACAAGUGUAACGUCGAGAUAUUCUCUGUGGAAGAUCACUUGCUUUGCGUUCAAGGCCAUCCUGAGUACAACAAGGAGAUUCUCUUGGAGAUCAUUGAUCGUGUCCACAAGAUCAAAUAUAUCGAGGAGGAAUAUUUGGAGAAAGCUAAGCGUACGAUAGAAAAGAUCGAACCAGACACGAGGCGUUUGCACAUUCUUUGCAAGAAUUUCCUGAAAGGACGAAGCCACUUGGUUUAAAAAUACUCUACAUUAUAUGGUCUAAUUCCAUUAUAUGGUAUGGUGAUCACAUGUGGUGAUCACAUAAUGUAACAUAUAUCUAUACUUUGAAUAAAUUACGUAUAAGAAAAAAAAAAGUGGUUAAUUAUUAAGCAAAUCGGAGUGUUUUGGAAAAUAAUAAAUCA